ACACGGCCCCCGCCCUGCUCGCCCCGCGCGGUCCGCCCGCGCCCUGCCAUGGAGGACCUGGAUGCCCUGCUCUCUGACCUGGAGACCACCACCUCACACAUGCCAAGGUCAGGGGCUACAAAAGAGAGGCCCUCAGAGCCCCUCACAUCUUCCCUGCCCUAUGGCCACCAGCCACAGACGGGGUCUGGAGAGUCUUCAGGAGCCUCUGGGGACAAGGACCAUCUGUACAGUACGGUGUGCAAGCCUCGGUCCCCGAAGCCUGCAGCCCCUGCGGCCCCUCCAUUCUCCUCUUCCAGCGGUGUCUUGGGCACAGGGCUCUGUGAGCUAGACCGGUUGCUUCAGGAACUUAAUGCUACUCAGUUCAACAUCACAGAUGAAAUAAUGUCUCAGUUCCCAUCUAGCAAGGAGACUGCAGAGGAGCAGAAGGAGGACCAAUCUGAUGACAAGAAAAGGCCCAGCCUCCCUCCCAGCCCAUCCCCAGUUCUCCCAAAGCCUUCGGCCACCUCGGCCACCCUGGAGCUGGAUAGACUGAUGGCCUCACUCUCUGACUUCCGCGUCCAGAACCACCUUCCAGCCUCUGGACCAGCCCAGCCAACAGUGCCGAGCUCCAUGAAUGAGGGCUCCCCAUCCCCACCAGGGCCAACUAGCAAGGGCAGCCUAGACACCAUGCUGGGGCUGCUGCAGUCCGACCUCAGCCGCCGUGGCGUUCCCACCCAGGCCAAGGGCCUGUGUGGCUCCUGCAAUAAACCCAUUGCUGGGCAAGUAGUGACAGCGCUGGGCCGUGCUUGGCACCCUGAGCACUUCGUUUGCGGUGGCUGUUCCAUGGCCCUGGGAGGCAGCAGCUUCUUCGAGAAGGAUGGAGCCCCCUUCUGCCCCGAGUGCUACUUUGAGCGCUUCUCCCCACGAUGUGGCCUCUGCAAUCAACCCAUCCGACACAAGAUGGUUACUGCCUUGGGCACCCACUGGCACCCGGAGCAUUUCUGCUGCGUCAGUUGCGGGGAGCCCUUCGGAGACGAGGGUUUUCACGAGCGUGAGGGCCGCCCCUACUGCCGCCGGGACUUCCUGCAGCUGUUCGCCCCGCGCUGCCAGGGCUGCCAAGGCCCCAUUCUGGAUAACUACAUCUCGGCGCUCAGCGCGCUCUGGCACCCAGACUGUUUCGUCUGCAGGGAAUGCUUUGCGCCCUUCUCGGGAGGCAGCUUUUUCGAACACGAAGGCCGCCCGCUGUGCGAGAACCAUUUCCACGCGCGGCGCGGUUCGCUGUGCGCCACGUGUGGCCUCCCGGUGACCGGCCGUUGCGUGUCGGCCCUGGGCCGCCGCUUCCACCCGGACCACUUCACCUGCACCUUUUGCCUGCGCCCGCUCACCAAGGGCUCCUUCCAGGAGCGCGCCGGCAAGCCCUACUGCCAGCCCUGCUUCCUCAAGCUCUUCGGCUGACCACGGUCCUCCGGGAGACCACGGCCCUAAAGACCCCGCCCUUCCCGAAAAGACCCUGUUCUCCAGACCCCUAGGCCUUGCUCUUUGAGCUUGGGGCUCUCCCCAGCCCAGCUGUGUGAGGCCCCACCCACUGGAGAGACCCGCCCCUAAGGUACUGUACGUUCUCCGUGGGCAAGUUCAGAAAAGGCCCGGCCAAUCCCAAGGCCACGUGCCCCCAGAGUGGGUCGUACACUGACGAGCGACCCCGUGGAAGCUCUUCACUUUAUUCCCACUCUUGAGGGAGCCCCCUGACUGGAGGAGGACCCUUGCAAUUCCGACCAGUCAGAGGCCAGGCCAGGACGUCCCUCUCCCCACUCCCUCACUGUUCUGUGCACUUUUUUCUACCUACAUAAACAACAUUCCACGUCACAAUGGU